CAUUAAUUGACAUUCAAGGCCAAUGGAGUGUCAUGAUAACCAAUUGUGAUAGUAUUGUUGGUGGAUGAAACUGAGGGCAAGGGAUUACCCAAAAAGGAAUCGAGGCAAAGCACGAGGUGCCAAGCCCCGCAUCAAUGCAGCCUCACAAAUAGAAAAACAGUACAUCCAUCUCAAGUCCAGUUGGGGAUCAAUUGUGCCUGGCCCAUUACGCUGUGUCUCGACCCAUCCAUCCCGAUCAGUUCACCGUAACAGACCCUCAAUUGCCCACCCACUCUUCCACGAAGAAAAUAGAACAGUAAGAGACUCACCCGUCGUUACGUCAUGAAGAUGCCCCGCAGUUGACCAGCUACCAGAAACAUCUCUUCAGCGCGUCAUUGUCCCCCCUUCUUUUGAUCUCUUCUCACCAUGUCCUCUACUGAGACGCAAUUCGGAAACAUGUCGACCACUGUUCUUGUCACUGGUGCUACCGGCCUUCUAGGCCGACAGGUAUUCAAUACCUUCAAGCACUCCGGCUGUCUGGUCGUUGGUCAAGGCUAUUCCAGAGCCAUACCUCCCACGAUACAGAAGGCCGAUUUGGAAAAGGAGGAGGACAUUAAGAAUCUAUUGAACGAAGCGAAACCUCAAAUUGUCAUCCAUUGUGCCGCAAACCGUUUCCCCGACCUGUGCGACCAAAACCCGGACCAGGCGCGUCGGGUCAACGUUGACGCCACCCGCAUCCUCGCAGAAGAGACCGCCCGCCGUGGUGCCCUGUUGGUCUACAUCUCGACCGACUAUGUCUUCCCCGGCAAGGAGGGUGAGGCGCCUUACGAGGCCGAUGCGCAGACCAACCCGCCCAACCUCUACGGGCAGUUCAAGCGGGAUGGCGAGUUGGCCGUGCUGGAAGCCACCAAGGACACUGGGCUAGGAAUCGUGCUGCGGGUGCCCGUGCUGUAUGGAACUGCCAAGGAGAACUCGGAGAGCGCCGUUAACACCCUAAUCGAUGCGGUGUACAAGGCCCAAGAUGAGAACGCGGGAGUGAAGAUGGACGACUGGGCCCAGCGCUAUCCCACCAACACUGAAGACGUUGCACGAGUGUGCCGUGACAUUGUAAUCAAGUACGUCAAGGAGCGGCAGCGCAUCCAGGAGCUUCCCAAGGUCCUGCAAUUCUCAUCGGAGGACCGGAUGACCAAGUACGAGAUCUGUGAGAAGCUGGCGGAUGUGCUCGGACUGUCCCUGGUUGGAAUGGUGCGGAACAAGCAAGGAAACGACCCGAAUGCGAGUGUGCAGCGGCCCUACGACACUCACCUGUCGACCAAAGCGCUGAAAGAGCUCGGCAUUGAUCUCCGGACGGUUGACUUUGUGUCGUGGUGGCGGAAACACUUGGGAGCGUACAAGCAUUAAAUUGAUUGAAUAAUUUAGUCUACUAGUAGUAUGGAGCCCCAUGCUGCGCAAAUUGUCUAGCAUGAAAUCACGCGCGCUGCUUGGUGUCUGAAACAAAAUGAAACAACCGAUGAUCAUCCCGGGGAACGGAUCCAGCUAAGGUGUGUACAAGUAGGAGCUGCUGUAGUUGCUUGUUGAAGAUUACACCCAUUGUUGACAUGUUGAAUGUUUAAUCCGCGGUGGGUCGCACCCGAUACAGCAGUAUAAUAAU